AGUAGUAGUAAUAAUAAUAAUAAUAAUAAUAAUAAUAAUAAUAAUAAUAAUAAUAAUUGUUUAAAAAGAGGCAAAAGUGAUAAUCUUUCAACGGGUUCGGUAUCAUUGGAUUCAACUCAUGCCUUAAUACCUGCACCAAGUAGUAUGUCAUCGUUGUUAUCAAUGAGUCAACACUUAAGGUUAUUGGAUAACCCAAUGACAGUAUCGGCCAUAUCAGCGGCCACUGCGAUGUCUCACUUGAUUGACAUGAAUACAGCUUUCGGUGGUGAUCAAAAUGAAUUGGAAAGCCAUAUGUUACGCCAUUCAUUAGAUAUGAAUACAUUGGAGAGUCUUAAAUAUGGGUUUAAUGUAAAUCAAAUUCACGGACUAUUUAUGUCAUCAAAAAAACAAAAGUCAAAACAUUUGAUUGCAAAUAGUGAACACUUAGUUGAUAUACCAUUGAAGAAAUCAUCUGAAAUAAAGAAAGAAUGUUUACCAACGAAAAGCGAGGACAAGAGUAGGAGUGAAUCGCUGAAUACCAAUGCAUUUCCAUGUAGUUCCUGUCAUAAGACAUUUGCCACAGAAGUCGACCUAAAGGCACAUUUGAUGAGACAUAUGACUCAACAUCCUUUUAGUAAUAUAAAAUUAUUUAAUAAUAAUGAUAAUAAUAAUAAUAAUAAUAAGUGUUUAAAUUCAGAUAAGAAUAUCAAAGAAAAUAGUGAUAUAUUAACUGAAAAACAAAUGUCUAAAGAUUGUGAUUUAAGAGAUGAUAAUAUAAGUGACAAAUGUAUGAAUGAGUCGAUUGAUGAUAACAGUUUGAAUGACAAGAUCGGUGAUGAAGAUGAUAAUAAUAACAAUAAAACGGUUGAUGGACACAAUAAUGUGAAGAAUAAUGAGAGUGACCAUCAAAAUAAUAUGAUUGUCAGUGAUGGACACAUGGAUUUGGCGUUUGGUGCGCCUCCGUUUAAUUUGGGUUCACGAAGUAUUGAAAUUAAAAAUGAAAAACUAUUGAUAACAAUGUUAGAGGGCAUACAUCCCGUUACUGAGCAGAGUUAUGUGUUGUACAAGUGCUGUCUCUGCGGGUUUGCUUUUCCGAGCUUAGAGCCAAUUGUGUUGCACCUGCAGACCAGUCAUUUGAAUACAAGCAAAGAGUUUACUUGUGAUAAAUGUGGGGCUAAUUUCAAAUGGAGAAGUGAAUUGACUCUUCACGAACAGCUUCAUAAAGCAAUGGAUCAAAACGAGACUAAUGGUAAUCAUCUUAUGAAUCCAAGUUUGGUAUCAUUAAUGCACAGCAAUAGCAAUACAGACUUUGGAGGACAUAAUAUGUCGACAAAUGAAUCGUUUGAGAGCAACAAUAAUAACAUUUUUGUUAAGAAUAGAAAUAUUAAUUAUAGAGAUAAAGAUAAAGAUAAUAGUGAACUAAAGCAUAUGAAAAACAAUUACAGAUCACACAAAAAGUUUAUUUUACAGACAAAACAACAACAAAUUAGACGUAACAAAGAUCUGUUAACACAACAUCAUAAGCAACAACAACAUAAGCAUCAACAACAACAACAAUCACUAUCACCACCACAUACUUGUAAUGUCGACCAAAAUAUUAUAGAGUUGUCUCAAAAGUUUCCACAAACAAUGGGUGAUAUUGAAGAAACAUCUCCGGGACAGUUCAAGUGUCGAUUUUGUGACAAAACGUUUGAUCGGAUAUUUUCAGUUCACAGACACGAAAGAGUUCACACAGGGUUUAAACCGUGUAUUUGUAAGACGUGUGGCCGCGGUUUCAGUGAAAAAAGGAAUCUCAGACAUCAUAUAAUCCGUUUUCAUAGCGAUGGCAGUGGAAGGGAGUUAUUGAAGAGGAAUAGAAAAGACAAGAAUAAUGGCAAUAAUGGUAGCAAUACUACUACUAUCUCUAGUAAUAGUAAUAGUAAUAGUAAUGGUAAUAAUAGUCAGCAAAAAGUAGCGACUAAUUUAAAAAAGGUUGCGCUGAAGAUAUUGAAUGCUAAUGAAAGUGUUAGUGUUAUGGAAGACAAUGAAGAGGUAAUGAGCGAAGAUAAACAAUAUAUAGGCGAUGAACAUAUUAAUAGACAGACAGACAAAGAGAUGACUGAAGAGGAAAAUGUAAACAUAAUUAAAGAAUGGGAAGAAAUUGAAGACAAACUUAAUAACAAUAGUAAUAAAGACACGAAAGAAAUUUGCGAUAAGUUGUCCGAUUGUAAAGCAGAUACGACUCAAAUGAUUAAUUUGAAUCCAUCAAAGAGAAGACGAAAAGGAAAACCUUUAAAAAAGAUUAUUAAAACCCAAGAGUUUUCUAGUGAUUCUGAUUGUCUUUCAGGAGAAGAGAACAAAGUGAUGAAUAUUGAAGAGAAAAUUAAUAAAAUAAAACAAGAGAACUAUGAACAAGAAGUAGAAGAUAAUGAUGAAAAUGAAGAAGAUAAAGAAGAGUCAGUAUUAAUGGCUGAUAAUGAAGAACCAGAUAUUAAUCCAAAUGACUUUUUGGAGACUAAACUUCAAUGUCACGGAGCAUUCUUUUCGUCUUAUAAUCCAAGGUUAGGAGUGGUGGAAAAGCCAGUUAAACGACAAGAGGCAUGUCGUCCACUGAUGGGUCCCGACGGCAAACUUUUAUAUCCAUGUAGUUAUUGUAACAAAACGUUUUGUUCGCUUUCAGAUCUCAAUCGUCACAUGAAUUUUCAUGAAGACGUGCGACCAUUUAAAUGUGAUUUUUGUGAAUAUCAGAGUCGCACCAAUAGUCAGCUUAAAGUUCAUAUGAUGAGACACGCGGGUAUUAAACAAUAUUUAUGUCAGAUCUGUAACUAUAACGGUGUGACACAAUCAGAUCUGAACCGUCAUUGUAAGACCCGAUCACAUGCCUUAAGAAGCGCUAAUAUAUGUCCUCUUUGUUCGCUUGGAUUUGCGACACAAACUCUACUCGACGACCAUAUUCUCAAAUUUCACGAGACAUCCGAAUCGGCCAACAGUUGCGAUAAGAGUGGACAACAAAAUACAACAAACAAUAAUGAGCUUUCAUUUUCAUCAAAACAAUUUUCAGUCAAAGAAAUUUUGAAUUAGAGUUUGAUUUGUCAUUAGAUAUCAUACUUUAGUAAAUUAUAUGAUUAAGAGUUAUAUUUAAUUAUUUUAUUUGAUAUGAUUUGAUAUAUUUUACAUUUAAUAAAGAGCUGAAUAUUUAUUGCUUUUAUAUACCGUAUAUUAUACAGUAUA